AUGGGAAUCCAUGGCCUGGCCAAGCUGAUCGCCGAGGUGUCCCCGGGAGCCAUCAGGGAGCAGGACAUCAAGGCCUACUUUGGGAGGAAAGUGGCCAUCGACGCCUCCAUGAGCAUCUACCAGUUCCUGAUCGCGGUGCGGCAGGGGGCCGAGGCCCUGCAGAGCCAGGAUGGGGACACCACCAGCCACCUGGUGGGCAUGUUCUACCGCACCAUCCGCAUGGUGGAGAGUGGCAUCAAGCCUGUCUAUGUCUUCGAUGGGAAACCCCCCCAGCUGAAGUCGGGGGAGCUGGCCAAGAGGACCGAGCGGCGGGCGGAGGCUGAGAAGCACCUGCAGGAGGCUCAGGAGGCCGGGGAGGAGAGCAACGUGGAGAAGUACAGCAAGAGGCUGGUCAAGGUGACCCAGCAACACACUGAUGAGUGCAAGAAGCUGCUGACUCUGAUGGGGAUCCCCUACGUGGAGGCCCCCGGGGAGGCUGAAGCCAGUUGUGCCACCUUGGUGAAGGCCGGGAAGGUCUACGCGGCUGCCACGGAGGACAUGGAUUGCCUGACCUUUGGCAGCCCCGUCUUGAUGAGGCACCUGACGGCCAGCGAGACCAAGAAGCUGCCCAUCCAGGAGUUCCACCUCAACAGGAUCCUGCAGGACCUGGAGCUGAGCUGGGAGCAGUUUGUGGACCUGUGCAUCCUGCUGGGCUGCGACUACUGCGAGAGCAUCCGCGGCAUCGGGCCCAAGCGCGCCGUGGAGCUGAUCAGGGAGCACAAGUCCAUCGAGAGGAUCAUCCAGCAGAUCGACACCAAGAAGUACCCUCUGCCUGAGAACUGGCUGCACAAGGAGGCCCAGAAGCUCUUCCUGGAGCCUGACGUGGUGGACCCCGAGGCCGUGGAGCUGAAGUGGACGGAGCCCCAGGAGGAGCAGCUGGUGGAGUUUCUGUGCGGGGAGAAGCAGUUCAACGAGGAGCGGAUCCGCAAUGGGGUGAAGAGGCUGAGCAAGAGCAGGCAGGGCAGCACCCAGGGCAGGCUGGAUGACUUCUUCAAGGUGACAGGCUCCAUCACCUCGGCCAAACGCAAGGAACCCGAGACAAAGGGGUCAGCAAAGAAGAAAGCCAAGACCACCAACUCCAAGGCCAAGAAAGGGAAGUAG